UCUCCUUCUUCCUCUUAGCCGGAGAAAACCCAAUUUGAAGCGUUCUAGAGAGAGCAGAACGCAGGAUGAAGGAGCGGAUCCAACCAAGAUGGCAAGGAGGGGAAGAGGAGGAGGAGGAGGAGGAGAUGAGAUGCCUGAAGGAAUGGUUGGGAUGUCUAGCUCCCUCAGUGCAGAGGAGAGGGAGCGUAUUCUCAAGAUGGUUGAUGAGGAACCAGAGGCCCCAGCUCUUGAUGACACAAGUUUGAGGAAACUCAUUCUGGGAUUUGAGAAAAAGGUUUAUAGGAACCAAGAACUCCGCAUCAAGUUCCCUGAUCUCCCUGAAAAAUUCAUGGAAUCCGAGAUUGACUUGAAUGACACCAUCCAGGAGCUCCAUGUGAUUGCUACUGUACCUGAUAUGUACCAUCAUUUGAAAGAGCUCAAUGCCAUCAAGUCUGUCCUACAGCUGAUUGGACAUGAGAACACUGAUAUCUCCAUCGCUAUCAUCAACCUUCUUCAGGAGAUGACAGAUGUGGAUACACUGACAGAGAGUGAGGAUGGAGCAACAGUUCUUAUCGAUGCAUUGUUGGAAGAGCAGGUAUGUGCUACAUUGGUGCAGAAUCUGGAUAGAUUAGAUGACAAUGUGAAAGAAGAGGCAGAAGGAAUCCAUAACACACUGAGUAUCAUAGAGAACAUGGCUGAGUUCCGACCUGAAAUGUGUCCUGAUGCUGCCCAACAAGGCUUGAUGCAAUGGCUACUUAAGAAACUCAAACCUAAGGUCACAUUCGAUGCCAACAAACUUUAUUGCAGUGAGAUCCUCGCCAUCAUAUUACAAGACACACAAAGAAACAGAGUAUUGCUUGGAGAACUUGAUGGAAUUGAUGCACUCUUACAACAACUUGCUUAUUUCAAGAAGCAUGAUCCCAUUAACAGUGAGGAACUGGAAAUGAUGGAAAAUCUCUUCAACUGCCUCUGCUCAUCCCUUAUGUUGCCUGGCAACAAGACAGCAUUCCUCAAAGGGGAGGGGUUACAGCUGAUGAACCUCAUGCUCAGGGAAAAGAAGCAGUCGAGACAUAGUGCUUUGAAGGUGUUAAACCAUGCCAUGACCGGUCAGGAAGCUGGUGAUAACUGUACAAAGUUCAUUGAUAUCUUAGGACUACGGAGUUUGUUUCCUCUCUUUAUGAAGACACCAAAGAUCACCAAGAAAGGCCCUGGAGACAGCGAACAUGAAGAGCAUGUGUGUUCCAUCAUUGCCGCUCUGUUCCGCAACGUAACCGGGUCUCACCACCAGAGGCUGGUGGGAAAGUUCUCAGAGGGUGAUCAUGCCAAGGUAGAUCGUCUGAUGGAACUUCACUUUAACUACCUCAAGAGGGUUCAGGCCUGCGAUGACAAGAUUGAACGCGAGAAACAGAGGAGGUUACGAGAAGGUGACAUCAUUGAUGAUGACCAGGAGGAUGAGUACUACAUCCAGAGACUUGAUGCUGGUCUCUUCUCUCUUCAGCUGCUUGACUACAUCAUCCUAGAGCUAUGCUGUAACUCAGGGGUCAGCUCCAUCAAGAGUAGGGUUCUACAGCUACUCAACAUGCGAGGGGGUACUAUCACAGACAUCAGGAGUGUUGUGAGAGAGUAUGCAGGGAACAUCGGUGAUGCAGACAGUGAAGAGAAAGGAGAAGCUGAGAAACAGAGACUACUUACUCUGAUCAACAGGUUCUGAAUGAAAGACUGUCUGAUUGAACAUGAAGAGUAGAAAUAUGCUCUUUACUCUCUAGCUGUUUCUUGCUUUGGAUAUUCACUUUGAAGACUUCUGUGAGUCUAGUUUUGAUGGAUAUCAUUACAAAGACCGUAAAGAGUACAAUCUUGGAAUGCACUCAUACUGAAGAGGUCAUGCUUACAUCACAAAUAAACUCAUG